CGUGAAAGACACCCAGAUGCACCUAAAUGUGACACUUCAAAAUCGGUUAGACCAAAGGCGACAAAACAUUCUACUCAUGAGACAGGAAGACCUGACAAAGCCAUACCUGAUACUUCCAUGACGAAAAGAAAAAACUUACCAAAACCUGACACCCAUUUGCCGAACAGGGAAGCCUCAGAAAAAUCUGCCACUGAUAAGAUAAAAAGGGUACUUGACAAAGCUGUAACCUCUGUGUCUGGUAGAGAAGCCUCAGCAAAGUCGGGUAACUCUGUAUUAGGAAGAUCAGCCAAAAUGAAACCAGCAGAUUCUUUGUCGAGUGAAGCACCUUUAAGACCAGCUUCAAAAAAAUCGGAUAUAUCCCUUGUCUUGCAAAAGUCUGUCCCAGCAAAAUCUGUCACUCGUGUGUUGGAAAUGGAAGACUCAGCAUACUGUGAAUCUCCUUUGUUAGAAAGACCGCCCUCGGCAAGACCUGCAGCUCUUGAUUCGGAAAUGGAAACCAUUAGAAAACUUGCUCCUGAUGUCCUAGGAAGAAAAGCUUUAGCAAAGCCAACCAUUCCAGAUUCAGGGAGAGAAGUACUAGGAAAACCCUCAGUUCCUAAACCUAGACGAAAAGCUUCAAGAAGGAAAGCCUUAGGAAAAAGCUCAAUUCUAGAACAGGGAAGAAAAACCAUAGCAAAGCUUCCAACUCGUUUGCCGAGAAGAUCGCCUUCACUUAAGCAUGCAAUUUCUGUGGCGAGUAGACCUCCUUCAUCAAAACCUGUUGCGGGUGCAUCAGGCAGAACGACCAUAGAGAAGCCUACCACAGCUGUGUGGGGAAGAAAAGCCUCAGCAAAGACAGCAAACUCUGGACCCAGAAGAACAGCCUCAGCAAAAUCUGCCAUUCCUGUGUCGGGAAGUGAUGUCUCAGCAAAGUCUGUCUGUCCUGUGUCUGCAGUACUUCUCUCAACAAAACCUGCCACGCCUAUAGCGGAAAGAAAAACGCCAUCGGAGCCAACCACUCCUGUUGCGGGUAGUACAGCCUACACAAAACAAGUCGCACCUGUAUCAGGAAGAGAAGCAGUUGGAAAACCUGCCACUACUGUGUCGGAACGAAACGCCUCACUUGAGCGAACCACUCACGUUUUCGGAACAGUUCCUUUGUCUGGGAAAUCAGUCUCAGCAAAGACUGACAUACCACUAACGAGUAGGUUAACCUCAACAAUUCUUACCACCCAUGUGUCAGAAAGGAUAGUGUUAGAGGAACCAGACUCAACAAAGACAGUUACAACAUUGUUGAAAAGGCAAGACUCAUCAAAGUCCGAUACUCUGCCUAUAUCAACAACGCCAGCCACGCCAGAGUUGGCAAGACCAGCCUCAACAAAGCCAGUUAAGCCGGCGUCGGGAAGAUCUACUUCAACAAAAUCAGCCACACCAGUGUCUGGAAGAUUUGCUUCAGCAAAGUCUGCAACGUCGUUGUCUCGAAGACCUGCCUCGACAAAAUCAGCUACACCGACGUCGGGAAGAUCUGCCCAAACAAAGUCAGCCACACCAGUGUCAGGACGAUCGACCUCAACAAAGUCAGCCACGCCGGUGUCGGAAAGAUCUGUCUCAACAAAGUCAGCCACGUCGAUGUUGGGAAAACCUGCCUCAGCAAAACCAGCCACGCCGGUGUCUGAAGAACCAUCCCUAUCAACGUUAGCCACACCGAUGUCGGAAAGACCUGUCUCAACAAUGCCAGCCACACCGAUGUCAGGAAGACCUGCUUCCACAAGUCCAGAAACGCCAAUGUCGGUAAGACCAGCUUCAAAAACGCAAGCCACGACCAUGUUGGCAAGACCUGCCUUAGCAAUACCAGCCAUGCGGGUGUCGGCAAGACCUGCCUCGACAACGCCAGCCAUGCGUAUGUCGGCAAGACCUGCCUCAACAACGCCAGCCAUGUGGGCGUCGUCAAGACCUGACUCAACAACUCCAGCCAUGCGGGUGUCGGCAAGACCUGUAUCAACAACGCCAGCCAUGCUAGAUUUGGCAAGACCUGCCUCAACAAGGCUAGCAACCCCAGAGUCGACAAGAGCUGCUUCAACAACGACAGCAACGCCAGAGUCGGCAAGAUCCGCCUCAAUAACGCCAGAAAUGCCAGUAUCGACAAGAGCUGCCUCAACAACGCCAGCUACGCCGGAGUCCGAAAAACCAGCCACAACAAAAUCAGCCACGCCGGUGUCGGAAAGAUCUGUCUCAACAAAGUCAGCCACGCUGGCGUUUGGAAAACCUGCCUCAGCAAAAUCAGCCACACUGGUGUCUGAAGAACCGUCCCUAUCAAGACCAGCCUCAACAACGCCAGUAACACCACUGUCGACAAGACCUGCCUCAACAAUGCCAGCCACGCCGAUGUUGGGAAGACCUGCUUCCAAAAGUCCAGAAACGCCAGUGUCGGCAAGACCAGCUUCAACAACGCCAGCCACGACGGUGUUGGCAAGACCUGCCUCAACAAUGCCAGCCACGCCGAUGUCGGCAAGACCUGCCUCAACAAUGCCAGCCACGUCAAUGUCGACAAGACCUGCCUCAACAACGCCAGUAACGCAAAAGUUAGCAGGACCUGCCUCUACAACGCCAGCCAUGGCGGUGUCGGCAAGACCUAACUUAACAAGGCCAGUAACGCCAAAGUCAGCAAGACCUGCCUCAACAACGCCAACAACGCCGAUGUCGGCAAGACCUGUAUCAACAGCUCCAACCAUGCCAGAGUCGGUAAGACCUGCCUCAACAAGGCUAGCAACGCCAGAGUCGGCAAAACCUGCCUCAACAACGCCAGCCACGUCGAUGUCGGCAAGAUCAGCCUCAACAAGGCCAGUAACGCCGAAGUCAGCAAGACCUGCCGCAACGACGCCAGCCAUGUCGGUGUCGGCAAGACAAGAAUCAACAACGCCAGCCACACCAAUGUCGACAAGACCUGUAUCAACAACGCCAGCCAUGCCUGGGUUGGCAGGACCUGUCUCAACAACGCCCGUCACGCCAGGGUUGGCAAGGCCUGCCUCAACAACGCCAGCCACGCCAGGGUUGGCAAGACCUGCCUCAACAACGCCAGCAACGUCGAUGUCGGCAAGGUCUGCCUCAACAACGCCAGUCACGCCAGGGUUGGCAAGACCUUCCUCAACAACGCCAGCCACGGCAGGGUUGGCAAGACCUGUCUCAACAACGCUAGCCACACCAAUGCCGACAAGAUCUGCCUCAACAACGCCAGCCACGCCAGGGUUGGCAAGACCUGCCUCAACAAGGCUAGCAACGUCGAUGUCGGCAAGACCUGCCUCAACAACGACAGCCACGCCAGGGUUGGCAAGACCUGCCUCAAAAACGCCAGCCUCGCCAGGGUUUGCAAGACCUAAAUCAACAACGUCAGCCAUGAAACUGUCGGCAAGACCUGCCUCAACAAAGCCAGCCACGUCGAUGCCGACAAGACCUGCCUCAACAACGCCAGCCACGUCGAUGUCGGCAAGACCAGCCUCAACAACGCCAGCCACGUCGAUGUCGACAAGACCAGCUUCAACAACGCCAGCCACGUCGAUGUCGGCAAGACCUGCCUCAACAACGCCAGCCACGUCGAUGUCAGCAAGACCUGCCUCAACAACGCCAGUAACGCAAAAGUUGGUAAGACCUGUCUCUACAACGCCAGCCAUGGCGGUGUCGGCAAGAUCAGCCUCAACUACGCCAGUAACGCAAAAGUUGGUAAGACCUGUCUCUACAACGCUAGCCAUGGCGGUGUCGGCAAGAUCAGCCUCAACAAUGCCAGUAACGCCAAAGUCAGCAAGAACUACUUCAACAACGCCAGCCACACCAAUGUCGACAAGAACUGCCUUAACAACGCCAGCCACGCCACAGUCGGCAAGACUUGCCUCAACAAGGCUAGCAACGCCACUGUCGGCAAGACCUGCGUCAACAAUGACAGCCAUGCCACUGCCGGCAAAACCAGCUUCAACAACGCCAGCCACGCCGUGGUUUGCAAGACCUGCCUCGACAAAGCCAGUCACGUCAGUGUCUGGAAGACCUGCCUCAACAAAGUCAGUCACAUCAGGGUCAGGAAGACCUGCCUCGACAAAGCCAGCCACACCAGUGUCUGGAAGACUUGCCUCGACAAAGUCAUUCACACCAGUGUCGGAAAGACCUGCCACAAUAAAGCCAGUCACACCAGUGUCGGGAAGACCAGCCUCAAGAAAGACAGCCACUCCAGUGUCGGAAAGACCUGCCUCAACAAAGCCAGCCGUACCAGUGUUGGAAAGACCUGCCUCAAUAAAGCCAGUCACACCGGUUUCGGGAAGACCUGCCUCAACAAAGCCAGUCACACCAGCGUCGGGAAGACCUGCCUCAACAAAGUCAGCCACACCAGUGUCGGGAAGACCUGCCUCAACAAAGCCAGUCACACCAGAGUCGGGAAGAACUGCUUCAACAAAGCCAGUUACACCAGUGUCGAGAAGACCUGCCUCAACAAAGUCAGUCACACCAGUGUCGGGAAGACUUGCCUCAACAAAACCAGUCACACCCGUGUCGGGAAGAACUGCCUCAACAGAGCCAGUCACACCUGUGUCGGGAAGACCUGCCUCAACAAAGCCAGUCACACCAGUGUCGGGAAGACCUGCCACAACAAAGCCAGUCACACCAGUGUCUGGAAGACCUGUCUCAAUAAAGCCAGUCACAAAGCAAUCCACACCAGUGUCAGGAAGACCAGCAUCAACACGAGGGGAACUGCCAUUCAGAGGGAGAAAGACAUCUGCCAGAACAAAUUCAACAAGAUCAAAGACCGGAGCAGUGACGUCUGCUUCCACAGCUACAGCCAUCUCAAAUAGAUCAAACAUGUCCCCUGCUACGUCUGCCAGUCACGUGUCCAUGAGCACACGUGCGUCAACAUCAUCCGCCAUCAACAACGCAAACAAUGACCUUGACGUCUAUACAUCCGAUGACGAUUUUGAUUACGAAAGUGCUCCUAGUUCUUUGUCAGAAUCUAACGACAACGUUAGAGAAUAUCAGUUUGAUUGAAUAAAAAGAUAAAACGUA